AUGUCUGAAGCCGAACAAAAUUUAAACGCUUCUGUUGAAGUGGAGGGCCAAGUCCAAUCACCAGUUGCGGAAGAAGCCCACCAGGAGGAACCUCCUACCAAGAAGAUCAAGUUGGAUGUGUCAGAGGAACCAGUUUACGAAAAGGAUCACAAGCAAGAGUAUACUGAUGUCAAAUCGAAGGGUAUCCAAGAAUGCGAUGUUGGUAUCACUCAAUACAUUUCGGACAUUUCCCAUGGGUUUAAUGGUAUUUUAAAGCAGCGUUACACCGAUUUCUUGGUUAACGAGAUCGACACGGACAACAACGUGGUUCACCUUGCUGAUGAGGGUCCAGUGUCUUCCAAGGAUAAGCGUAGAAAGGAACGCGAACAGGAAAGAGAAGCCAAUAUUGAAAUGGAAACCCCAGCCAUAACUGAAGCGGAUAUUCCAGCCAAGUUCGAACUUACCGAAGAAAACCGUACUGCCCUCCUCGAAUGCUUCACCGCCGAGGAACUCAGUCAGAUUGAAGAGCUCUUGACCACCGGUAACAACAUGGAAACCACCUCCACCUUCCCGGACAAGCAAUCGCGUACCAAGGUGCACCAGCUUUUGCGGUCCGCCUUCAACGGUAGAUUCGAGAGUAUCACCACCCCGGAAAACACCUUCCGUAUUGCCUUGGUCACCCAGAACGCUGCCUUCAAGAGAAGAGACAGAGAAAGAGAUAGCAAUAAGAACGAGCAGGGCGUGCCAAACUACGGGUUGGGCCCAAGCAAGGAGUUUGUACACUUCCAGGUGUACAAGGAGAACAGGGAAACCAUGCAGGUGGCCUCCCUUUUGGCCAAGUUCUUGAGAAUCCCGCCAAAGUCCGUCAGAUACGCUGGUACCAAGGAUAGAAGAGGCUGCACCGUGCAAAGGUGUUGCAUCAGCCGUAUCAAGCUCGACAGAGUUGUUGGCUUAAACAAGGGUCUUAAGGGGAUCAGAUUGGGUGGCUUCAGUUUCAGCGACGAGGGUUUAAAGUUGGGUGACUUGAACGGAAACGAGUUUUUGAUCACCAUCAGAGACGCCGAGUCCACCGACCCAACCAAGACGCUUGAGGAAGUUGUCUCCUCCUGUUUUGAGAGUCUUAAGGAGCACGGUUUCAUCAACUAUUUCGGGAUGCAGAGGUUCGGUACCUUCUCCGUCUCCACCCAUGCCGUCGGUGUGAAGGUGUUGAGCAACGACUGGAAAGGUGCUUGUGAGUUGAUUCUCUCUGAACAGGAACUCGUGGCCCCCGACUCUGUCGAGGCCAGACACAUCUGGGCUCAAACCCACAACCCGAACAAGACCUUGCCAAGAAUGCCCCGUUACUGCACCGCUGAAAACAGCAUCUUGAAGCAGUUGCAGAGAGAAAAGGCCAGCCCAGGCGCCUUGAACGAGUUCACCGACAACCAGUACUUCAACGCCAUUAUGCAGAUCCCGAGAAACUUGAGAAUCAUGUACGGCCACGCGUACCAAAGCUACGUCUGGAACAGUGUCGCCAGUAAGAGAAUCGAGUUGUUUGGUUUGAACAUUGUUCCCGGUGACUUGAUCAUCAAGGACCGGGCUGAAAUGGCCGAGGUGACCAUGGAGGACGACGAAGACAACUUCGAGGAAGAUGUCAAGAAGGAGACCAUUGUCAGAGCCAGACCAGUUACCCAGGAGGAAGUCGACUCUGGCAAGUACUCUAUCUACGAUGUUGUGUUGCCAACCCCGGGUUUCGACAUUGUCUACCCAGAAAACCAGCAGUUGAGAGAUGUCUACGUGGAAGUCAUGAAGAAGGACAACUUAGAUCCAUUCAACAUGGCUAGAAGGGUCAGAGAAUUCUCCUUAACCGGUUCUUACAGAACCGUCAUGGGUAAGCCAACCAACUUGGAGUACCACAUUAUCAAGUACCACAACCCAUUCGAGCAGUUGGUCAACACAGAUUUGGAUGUGUUGAGAUCUCCCGAGGAGAACAAGGAAGCAGUUCCACGUAUCUUGCCGGGAGAGGUCAACGGUGACAGAACUGCGGUUGUAUUGAAGAUGCAAUUGGGAGUUAGUGCCUAUGCCACCAUGGCCUUAAGAGAGUUAAUGAAGACCGAGACUUCUCGUAGAAGCGAUGCGUUCGAUGUCAAGGAGCAGUGA